GCGGGGCGUCGCGUCGCUGCCUGCUUCCCUCCCUGCUUCCCUCCCUGCCGCGGCCGCCCCCUCCUGCUGCGGCGGCGAGCCCUAGGGAAGAUGGCGAAAACCUACGACUAUCUGUUUAAGCUGCUGCUGAUCGGCGACUCGGGCGUGGGCAAGACCUGCCUGCUCUUCCGUUUCAGCGAGGAUGCCUUCAAUACCACCUUCAUCUCCACCAUUGGAAUUGACUUUAAGAUCAGAACAAUAGAAUUAGAUGGAAAGAAAAUCAAGCUGCAAAUAUGGGAUACAGCAGGCCAGGAGAGAUUCCGCACAAUCACAACAGCUUACUACAGAGGAGCCAUGGGAAUUAUGCUGGUGUAUGACAUCACAAAUGAAAAGUCUUUUGACAACAUAAAAAACUGGAUAAGAAACAUAGAGGAGCAUGCCUCUUCAGAUGUAGAAAGAAUGAUCCUGGGUAACAAAUGUGAUAUGAAUGAAAAAAGACAAGUCUCAAAAGAAAAGGGGGAGAAGUUAGCAAUUGAUUAUGGAAUCAAGUUUUUGGAGACAAGUGCAAAAUCCAGCAUAAAUGUGGAAGAGGCAUUUUUCACACUUGCACGGGACAUUAUGACAAAGCUCAACAGAAAAAUGAAUGACAACAGUUCAUCAGGGGCAGGUGGGCCGGUAAAAAUUACAGAAAAUCGAUCUAAGAAGAGCAGCUUCUUUCGAUGCACGCUACUUUGAUGAACUUCUAAUGAUAGACUGCAGCACACUUAGAACCUUUUCUGCUUCUUUGAAAGCACAGGGUCACAAAGCCUCAGAAAUAAUACCACCAAGCUGCUGCUGAGAGCUCCAUUGAACUUAGACCGUGAUACACAAAAUACCGAGUGGAUUUUGCUCACUAAGCCUAUUGGCCUGUCAGGCUCUUCUUUCUGAUAUAUGGAAGCUAUGAAGUGGAGACACAAAUGCAAGAGUUAACUGUUUUCCUUUUUUACUUUCUGUUUUACUGCCUGUUGCAAAAGCUGCUAUGUUUCUUUUAACUUUGCACAUCCGUAUUGGCCUCUUACUGCCUGUUACAGCACAAUCUUCCAUUUGUAUUUGCACAGUUUGACUCGUAAGUAGGAUUCUUAACAGAUUUGUGCAGGUUUUUUGUUCUUUUCUUGAACAAAUUUCUUUUCAAGCAGAAGAGCCAGGAUAAGAAAAUUGUCUCACUUCCAUUAUUUUCUACGCUGUAUACUUGUGGCCAUGACUGCAGUAUGGAUGUUGACACUCCAGUGAUUACUAGAGUGUCAGUGCUAGAGUGUCAGUGAUUACUGUAACAAUUGGCAUCUAACAAUUUGUAUGGGUUUUGUCUUUUAGAUGCACAAAUCUGUUCAUGCAGAAGCUAUGGCUUCUAUUCUGAAUGUAGUAUGUGGCUUUUCUUUAUUUACCAGACUUAGCAAAGUUGCAUUCUGAAUUGCCAGUCACUGAUUCACAGAUGCACCUUUCAAUUAAUCAAAUAAACACAGUGUCUUUCCUCACUGAACUUCCCUUUAGUAGCUCAAAUUCUCUGCACCUUUGCUUGUUUGUGAUGAGGAGCUACACUCUGGAAUUGAAAUGAUUGACACAAAUUGGCCUCAUCACUAUCACUUAAGUGGCUUGUGGGAGCUGAAUGCAUGAGUUUUAAGUUACAUCUUUGUGGAUUCAUUUGUUCAGAAAUGACUACUUUUAAAGGUGACUUCCAUUUCUACUGUAAUUCUAAGGAUAGUUUAAUGUCUGCAAACACUGACCCAUGCAACAGGGGUGUCCAAGAACUAGCUUCCUGUGCAGUUGCUGAAGUUUAUCAAGUUCUGGCACUAAGGAAAUGGUCAUGUGAGGGCUAUAAUUUACUACUAGUUAUGCAGCUAGCGCUGAAUGUGUGAAGCCCUCUUUGGUCUGCUCAAGCAGUUACUUUUUCAUCAAAAACUGGUACAGUGACCUAGACUGUUAGAAGCAGAGUUGAAACGUAGUUGCCUUUUUUUACUCUACUGAGCAUUGUAUAACUUAGUCUUUGUUCUACUACUUUUCUAUUGUCUUCUGAAAAAUUUCCUCAAUGAGCAAUUAAAACAGGUGCUUUAGUUCUGUUGAUGUGCCAAACUUGGACCAUUGUAAGCUUUAACUACAAGUUUGUGUCCAGCAUGCUUGCCACUAGGGAAUAGAUGUGUUCUGUCAUUGUCAAAGUUCACGUCUGACGUGCUUGCUUUUGCUUCACUACGUUGUCUAGAGUUGUGAACAGUGAGUUGGUUGUUAACCACAAAUAACCACUUGAUUUUGUGGGGUCAGGUACUAAAUUGGUCAUCUCUUGAGUUUUUUGUAAAUACUUUAAAAUGGAUUGGGCCAAUAGUGAUAAAGAAUUGAUUUUUAAAAGGUUUAACAUCAGUAGCUGGUUCCAUAAAGUUCUAAGUGGUUAUCAACCUGGCCCCAUGUGUAGUUUAAUAGGAAUAGUUAUUUUAACUACAUGGCGAAUCCCAUAAAUUGCUGUUGCUGAAUUAAAGCAGAAGAAUCUUCAUGGCAACAAAGUUAAGUGAAAAAAACAAAGCAACCCUAACUGCUCUGUUGUCUACCCUUGAUGUUUUUCUUGGACAGGCUAAAGCAGUUAUGUUUUCUGUAUGGUUAAAAAAAAAAAAAGUGCUUCUAUACAGAAAGUGUUGUGACACCAAUUACGAAUGUUGUUUAUUUUCACUAAUUUACCUCUGACUUAUUUGGUGUCGUAAUACUUUGGUUUUAUCUCAGGGGUUGUCUGCAAACCAAAACUGACAUAUUCUGUUUGGCACCGUUUACAGAAUGCUUUGUAUUGUUUUUCUUGUCUUUGCUGUGUGGUUAAAUGUUCAUUCAUUAUUAGUCUCCAUGAACUUUCCUCUGAAAGAGCCUGUAAGUAGUAGAGUCUAUGAAGUGCUUCUUGAAGCAGCAGCGAAUUGGGGUAUCUGCUCUGUAUGGGGGGAGGGAGGGGGAAGGGAGAAAAAAAAACUUGCUAUUUUCUUACAUUUAGCUGUGCUAAACUGUACAUAAAUGUGAGGUAAGACCAUAGGAAAGUCACUUUAUGCAUGACAAAUAAUGCAGCAAGUAUUUCACUUUGCUAAAUGUUCAUGUAAAGUUCAUCUUUUUCUAUUUGUAGAAGAAUUUAAUGCAAUUUUGUUGUCCCCUGCUGAAAGAGAAGAAUUCUAAUUUCAUGUGGUCUUAUGGAUAAGGUAAAAUGCAGAUUUCUCUUUCUUUGUUGUUUUCCUUCACCGCUCCUUUCCAGCAGUAUUAAAUGGCUGAGUGGCUGCACUUUAUUGGUGUGCUAACUUUUGGUCGGUAAAGACCUCUUCCUGUGUACAGUCUGCCUUGUCAGACGUUGAAAAAUGUGCUGUAUCUUAGUGUGCAAAUCAGCUGUGUGUUUUACUGGGAAUUUUUUAGCUGUAUUUUCCAAGUGGGGGAUGAUGAAUGGUGUGUUCUGCCCACGCAUCAGCUGCUGGGUACUACAGGCUUUUCUAAUAUCACUAUGAUUGUGUUGUGCAGUUUCUCUCUGUUACUGCUUUGCUCAAGACUAUAUAGUCUAGGUUUUGAAGGACUCAACUAUACCUCAGCGAACUACUUAGUGUUGUAAUGCCCAUUAGAAUCAAAGUCAUAAAAUUAUUCUUCAUUAAGCAGCAUAUGUAUUUCUGGUUUGUUCCAGAAAUUGCCAUUAACCUUUCAGGAAAGACAGGCAUUUUUGGUGGAUUUCGCUAAAACAAAAAUGCUGCUUACGCACUGAAGUUGUGUGAAAUCUUUGCCUCAGCCCCAUGGCUGUGCACUACAUCUUGGCCAAUAUUUUUCUAAAUGGCUUAAGGAGAAUGAAAAAAA